CUGAUGGGGUCAGAGAAAGCAGUGCCGAUUACGAUAGGUGCAGACGACGUACAGCUGGCAGAACUCGGCUACAAGAGCGAAUUCAAACGAGAGUUCUCGCUUCUAGAAACGAUAGCGUUCUCGUUUUCGAUUAUGGCAGUUAUCACGGGAAUGUCAUCGACACUGUCUCUUUCUCUCCCGUCGGGCGGCCAUGUUGGUCUGAUAUGGGGAUGGAUUAUUCCUGUUCCCUUUGUAAUGUGCGUCGCAGCAGUAAUGGCUGAGAUGACAUCUUCUAUGCCAACGAGCGCGGGCCUGUAUUACUUCUCUGCAAAGCUGGCGCCACCUGAGUACUCGGCGCUCGCCAGCUGGAUAACUGGAUGGUCAAACAUAAUGGGUCAAGUCACAUUGUUGUGUGGCAUAGACUUCACCUGCGCAGAGAUGAUCACGACUGCUAUCGCUGUUGGGACCGACGGUCGUGUGACACCCGGUACAGGACCCACCUAUGGGAUCCUACUCGCUAUACUCUUUCUCCACGGUUUGCUAUGUUCUGCGGCGACUAGGGUUCUCGCGCGCAUGAAUUUAUUCUACAGUUUCGUGAUUCUGGGGACAACAAUCGCUGCAAUUAUUUCGCUACUCGUCUGCUCGCGUGGGAACAGAGUGUCGGCCAAGGAUGCCUUCACAUUGUUCGAGAAUGAGACCGGGUGGGAUAAUGCAGGGUGGGCCUUCUUACUCGCAUUUGUCGUACCGAUGUGGCAAUUCACUGGAUAUGACUCUGCGGCCCACAUCUCCGAAGAGACAGCAGGAGCAGCACGUGCGGCACCCAUUGCUAUCAUAACCUCUGUCGCGUCAGUGGGGGUUCUCGGAUGGAUACAGGCCAUUGCGGCUUCAUUUGCUAUCGCGUCAGUGCAUGAUCUCCUCCAGACGGAACUCUCCCUGCCCAUGGGCCAGCUAUAUCUCGAUGUUGUUGGCAAGAAUGGUAUGCUGGCCAUUUGGAGUUUGACGACGAUUGCCCAGUUCCUAUGCGGUGCGGCGCAGGGCGUGGAUGCGUCGCGUGUGGUUUUCGCCUUCGCCAGAGACAACGCUCUCCCUGGGUCGCGCUGGUGGAAGAAGAUAAACUAUCACACGCGAACGCCAGUGAACGCUGUAUGGCUUGUCAUAGCGCUUUCCGCGCUAUGCGGUCUACUUGGCUUCUCCUCAACUGCGCUUACAUCCCUAGCUAGUGCAUCUGUCAUCGGGCUAUACACGUCGUACACGACGCCUAUCUUCUUGCGGGUCACAUCCGGACGAGAGAGACUCGUUCCUGGUCCUUUCUCUCUCGGAUGGUGGUACAUUCCAAUCGGCUGGAUUGCAGUAGCAUGGGUCGUCUUCAUAGUAAUCUUGCUGUGUUUUCCAACAGUGCAAGCGGUGAAUGCACAGGAUAUGAAUUAUGCCGUGAUCAUCGCUAUGACGGUGUUCAUUUUCGCAUCCUGCUCUUGGAUGCUGUCCGCCAGGAAGUGGUUCGUGGGCCCGGUCCCAAACGUCGAUGACAGGAGUAGUACCGUUACCUCAACGUCUGACAAAUCUUGAUGGGUUGUAUUGUUUCGCAUUAAUUGUAGACACUCGGAGGUAUCCCUCCGACAGUAGAAUGCGCGCUCGGCGUUUGGGUGAUCGUUUCCCGCAUCCCUAUAGCAAUCAUAGUC